UUGCCUCUGCUGCCUAGCAACAAACACUUGCGAACUAGCCAGCAGCCUGGUUAGCUGCUCUCGUGCGCGACGUAGUUAGCUGAUAGAUAGCAGUGCCUUUUCAUCCCGCAAAUAUCACAAAUUUUACUCAGUUGUCGACGUUAAUUAAACUUUAUCUGCCGUUUUGAAGCGGAGAACCUCGGGCCUGUACUGUCACUAGCUGGAUAUUGUUAACGGGCGGAGCAGAAACAUUUUUUCUCUGUGAAGAGGGGCUAAGCUUAGCUAGGUCAUCUUAGCAGCGGAGUCACUAGCGACUCUUGCCACAUAGAAGAGCGGAGGGAGGCGGUAACGUUAGGGAUGUGAUUGUGGGUUAAGGUCAGCUGGCUGGUUAACUUAGCUCAUCUAAUGUUGGCGGACACUGGAUGAUUGAAACGCGAUUUAACAGGUGGUAUAUGUGUUGGUGUCACAUCACUGAAACUACCCAGGCUGAGUGGAACUGAGAAAACCAGCCAGACGUCGCCACCAUGUUGGAGGAGGACAUGGAGGUGGCCAUCAAGGUGGUCGUGGUUGGCAACGGUGCUGUCGGCAAGUCCAGUAUGAUCCAGCGUUACUGCAAGGGCAUCUUCACUCGGGACUACAAAAAGACCAUUGGAGUGGAUUUCCUGGAAAGGCAGAUACUUGUAAAUGACGAAGAGGUCCGACUAAUGCUGUGGGACACCGCUGGGCAGGAGGAGUUUGAUGCCAUUACCAAGGCCUACUACCGUGGUGCCCAGGCAUGUGUGCUAGUCUUCUCUACCACAGACAGGGAGUCAUUUCAGGCUAUUGACAGCUGGAGGGAGAAGGUGGAGGCAGAGGUCGGAGAUAUUCCCACAGUUUUAGUGCAGAACAAAAUUGACCUGCUGGAAGAGACGGUUAUAAAAAACGAGGAGGCAGAAGCUUUGGCUAAAAGGCUUAAGCUGAGAUUUUAUCGAGCUUCAGUGAAAGAGGAUCUUAAUGUCAACGAGGUUUUUAAGUACUUGGCUGAGAAGUAUCUUCAGCGACUCAAACAGCAAACGGCAGAGGAGACAGAGGUGGUCCAUACAACAAGCAAUAAAAUAGGUGUUUUUAAUACCACAAGUAGUAAUGUCUGCAACCAGAGCUCCAGCAACGGCAGAGAAGUCAUCACUUUGCGACCUAACAAACAAAGGACCAAGAAGAGUAAAAAUCCUUUUGGAAGCUGCAGCCUACUCUAGAUAAAAUCAUCUAAUUUUAGUGACUGAUUAUUGAUUCUCAAACUAGAUUGGUCAUUGUUUUAUUCUGUGGAGGUAGCCACAUUUAGAGAAUGGGAAAUACUACUAUAUACUACUUUAAUAACCUGAUGUUUAAUCUGAAUCCUAAAUUCUUUCCCCGCAUUGAUGAUUGACUUUCUUUUGAUUAAGCCUUGCAUUUCCAUCAAUGAUCUGCGCACAAAACCUGUCAACCUCUUCUUGUGGUUGCCUUAAACAACAGCUGCAGCUAUAGCUUCUGUAUGUUGUUGUGUCAUGACUUUAAUGAAAAAAACAAAAGACGGUUUGACAUUUCAACUGUGCAAUAUGUUUGCAUGUAUUGUAGAAGAGACACAGAUUAUUUGGUACCAUAUUUUUCAAACUGUCAACAGAAUAUAGUUCAAACUAUACUGUUUAUCUUGAACGAAACCCUGUCGGAGCCACAGUUAUUUCUGAGUAUUUUUGUACGAAUCAGAAAAACAGUGUUGAGUGAUAUUUUCACUGAAGUGUUGACACAGUGCCAAAUCUCCUCUUUCUGAGCUGUAGUUAAACAUGAAUACUGCAGCAAUGUGGAUGUAACAUGAAAUGAAUACAAUGUGCUUCUAUGUAUAACCAAAUAUCAAUUACUAUUGACACUAAAUAGUCAUCUGUCGUCUGCUUACACUACACUUUCAGGUUUAUUAACCAAAUUCUGAGACUUUCACAAAGUCUAGGCCUUUGAGAUGUAGAACAAGACCUGAAUUAAUGAUACUCUGCUCUUUGAGUCAUAGUAUCUCAAGUCACACUCAGUUAGAGCACUAUGUUUUUGAUGGCAGUUGUUUACAUUUUACAUGGUACAGCUUUGGGUAACUCAUUGGUUAGCCUCAGUAAAUAAGUUUUGUUACCUAUGUGUUCAGAGUUCACUAUUUCUAACAUUUCAAACACUAAACAUGGUACACGAGUUUAGUUUUUAUUUUUUUGUCUGGUUUCUGUAGUAUCUAUCAAUUUCUAUUCAGUAAAUACCAUUAUAUAGUAUGUAGUCAUGAGUAGAACGUAAACCCUUGCUCUCUGAAGGUACUGAAAGCUGACCACCACCAGGACUGGAUGUUUUGCUUGUGUGUGACUGAAUAUGCAAGAACAUUUCCCCUCACUACGUGAGGGUACUCCAAAAAAGAUCUCCCAAACUAAUGUUCAGUCCUCAAUACAGCUAUCUCUGAACUGUAUCGUAUUGCCUUGUCUGCAUCAAGCCUUUUUAAAAAGAAAUUCUUGAACUGAUUAUCUGAAAGAUGCCGGUUUACCAAGCACAAAGAAAUAUGUGACGAUGUGGAAAAGUAUUCUAUUUAAUUUCCUACAAUUCAGUUACAAUUCUACAUAUUUUACAUGGAGUUAGAAUACAUAGGACAUCUGGGAAUACAUGUGCAUGCACAUUUGUAUCUUUUAAAAAACAUUUAGUAACUGGUCUCAGAUCUCUGCUAGAGGCUUUUCCCAGAUUCAAAUGAAUUUCUAUCUCAAAUUAAAGUUCAGAUGGGACUGUCUGUUGUGAAAAUCCCAAAAGGGGGCUUAAAAUGUGUUCCAGUUAUUCCAUGGGUACUAAGAUUGUUUCACAUUUCAAGCUGUCUCAUUUGGCUGUUUGUGAACAGUGCUGUUUUGAGAAAAAAGAAAAGUGUGUGGCAUAACUGUAAUGCAUGCAAGCCUUUUUUCCACAUCCGUGAAUGUCCAAUCAUGGUUGCAACGCCACAAUGCCUUGUCCAUGUUUACAUUCUCCCCCACUGACCACCAGGAAGCAUUUAAAUCCCUCCUCUUGCUGUUUGUUUAAAAUUGCCUGCUCAGUAAAUCUGUAAAUAAUGCUUUCUUUUAUUUGUAACAUUGUGUUUACUUCGCCUUUUUUGCUUUUUGACUGAAUGGAUUUAGUGCACUUUACCAUUAAGAUGGCAUAUAAUCUUAAAGAACCAUAAGUUACAACUAACCAUACUUAUGUGCUGUCACUCAGGUGUUGUAAUAAUCUUUGUCUUACUGUUAAUCUGCUUUUUCUUAAAUUACUUCAUGAACCAAUUUCACACAUUUAGAUGGAUGUGUAUGCUUUCAUUCUGACAGAAAAAACACUCACUGUUGGAUUUUUGUUUUAACUGCUAAAAAUGUAUCACAACUUUAAGUCUGUCCACACAGCUUUGCCCCUGAUGUUAUGUUUAGGGGAGAAGGUUGAUGGUAAUCUGACAUAAAUAAAACUUUACUUUUUUCUUGGGCA